CCUCACAUCGCGGCCGUGGAAGAUGUCUGAGGCUUCCGGUCGAGCGGCGGGAAACGAGAUGCCGGCCAAGAAACAGAAACUUAGUAGCGAUGAGAAUAGCAACCCUGAAUUAUCCGGGGAUGAGAACGAUGAUGCUGUCAGCAUAGAGAGCAGCACAAAUACUGAACGUCCAGAUACCCCCACAAAUAUUGCAAAUGCUCCAGGAAGGAAGAGCUGGGGGAAAGGAAAAUGGAAAUCAAAGAAAUGCAAAUACUCUUUUAAAUGUGUAAAUAGCCUUAAGGAAGAUCACAGUCAGCCGUUGUUUGGUGUGCAGUUUAACUGGCAUAGUAAGGAAGGAGAUCCUUUGGUAUUUGCUACUGUUGGCAGUAACAGGGUUACGCUAUAUGAAUGUCACUCACAAGGAGAAAUCAGACUGCUGCAAUCCUAUGUUGAUGCUGAUGCAGAUGAGAACUUUUAUACCUGUGCAUGGACAUUUGAUAGUAACACAAGUCACCCUCUCCUUGCUGUGGCUGGGUCCAGAGGAAUCAUUAGGAUAAUUAAUCCUAUUACUAUGCAGUGCAUUAAGCACUAUGUCGGCCACGGUAAUGCCAUAAAUGAGCUCAAGUUUCAUCCAAGGGACCCAAAUCUUCUCUUAUCUGUUAGCAAAGAUCAUGCACUGAGACUGUGGAAUAUCCAGACAGACACCCUCGUUGCUAUAUUUGGAGGUGUGGAAGGGCACAGAGAUGAAGUGUUAAGUGCAGACUAUGACUUACUGGGUGAGAAAAUAAUGUCAUGUGGCAUGGACCAUUCCCUUAAACUUUGGAGAAUUAACUCUAAAAGAAUGAAGAUUGCCAUCAAAGAUUCCUACGAAUACAAUCCCAGUAAGACAAACAGGCCGUUUAUUUCCCAAAAGAUUCAUUUUCCAGAUUUUUCUACAAGAGACAUUCACAGGAAUUAUGUUGAUUGUGUAAGGUGGCUAGGAGAUUUGAUACUAUCCAAGUCUUGUGAAAAUGCUAUAGUCUGCUGGAAACCUGGUAAAAUGGAAGAUGACAUUGAUAGGAUCAAACCAAGCGAGUCCAAUGUGACCAUUCUGGGAAGGUUUGAAUACAGCCAGUGUGAUAUUUGGUACAUGAGAUUUUCUAUGGACUUUUGGCAGAAGAUGCUUGCCCUGGGAAAUCAAGUUGGGAAGCUCUACGUCUGGGAUCUAGAAGUAGAAGAUCCUCACAAAGCCAAAUGUACAACACUAACACAUCCUAAGUGUGUUGCUGCAAUUCGGCAAACAAGUUUCAGCAGAGACAGCAGUAUUCUUAUAGCGGUCUGUGAUGAUGCAACAAUUUGGCGUUGGGACAGACUCCGGUGAACUAUCCUUGUGAAGUAAAAUUCUGGUUCUGACAUAACUCUCAUAUGGCAACUGGUGUUUGUAGUUGACCUGUUUAGUGAGCUUGUUUUUCUUGCUUCAAAUAAGCUGCUUUUAAUUAAAAAAAAAAAGUUUAUUUUUGUACAGCUUUCUGUAAUGUCUGUUUUUAUGGAUUUUAAUGUAUUUACUGUAAAAUGUAUAUGCUUUUUGUGUAGUGCACAUGGGCGCCAUGAUAAAUGAUAUACAUUUUGUAAAUAUCUGGUUUGUAGCGUUUUAAAGUAGCUGUUAAUUUAAGUCAAACUAUUGUCAUGUCAAUAACAAGCUGACUGAGUAAAUAAGAGUAUACAAUUACUCUUAGUAUGCUGACCUGAAAUCGCCUUGCACCAUUUUUUUAAAGCAAUAAAUUUAAAAUGAAAUCAUGAAA